CCUAUCUCCGUUGCCGGUUUCCUGUGAGCACCACCAUUCAAAAAGGGCUCCCUCCCAGCUCCCCACACCUUCCGUGUUCUCCCUCCCCCCCCUCCUUCCACGACUUAAGAAACCGAUGUCGGAAUCUCAACGAAAACCCCUGCCUUUUUCAGCCAAUUUUGCUGCAGGCGCCAUCGCUGGUGUAUCUGAAAUUCUAACGUUUUAUCCUCUCGAUGUCAUCAAAACCCGUAUGCAACUACAAACAGGGAAGUCGAGUGUUGGUCUAGUUGGGAGUUUCCAGACCAUCAUUAGGGAAGAAGGGGUUGGACGUUUGUAUCGAGGACUCGUACCUCCUUUACUGCUCGAAGCACCAAAACGUGCCGUGAAAUUCGCUGCCAAUGAUUUUUGGGGCAAAAAGUUCCUUCAGGUUACUGGAGAGGAAAAGAUGACGCAGCAACUUUCGAUAAUGACGGGAUGUAGUGCGGGAGCGACGGAAAGUUUUGUGGUAGUACCUUUCGAACUGGUCAAGAUUAGAUUGCAAGACAAGAAUAGUGCUUACGCCGGACCUAUGGACGUUGUCAAACAAACCAUUAAGAAAGAGGGCUUACUCGGUCUGUACGCUGGUAUGGAAUCUACAUUCUGGAGACACUUCUGGUGGAACGGCGGGUACUUUGGUUGUAUCUUCCAAGUCAGAAGCUUAUUGCCCAAAGCCGAAACUCAGCAGAGCGAAUUGCUUAACAAUUUCAUUUCGGGUGCUGUCGGUGGAUUCGCUGGAACCGCAUUGAACACUCCAUUCGACGUCGUUAAAUCUCGUAUACAAGGAGCGAUCAAAGUCCCUGGUGUUAAGCCAAAGUAUAACUGGACAUACCCUGCUUUGAUCACGAUUUUCAGGGAGGAAGGACCUGUUGCGUUGUAUAAGGGGUUUGUUCCGAAGGUGCUUCGGCUUGCGCCUGGAGGUGGGGUGUUGCUUUUGGUUGUUGAGUUUACGCUUGGGGUGUUUAGGAAAGCGCUUGGACCUCCGUAUAUUUAGAUAAGAGCAAAUACUACUACUCUUUUCGAGGGUCGGACCGCUUAGGUACCUGAGUUUCUGUUGUUGUAAUGUAGAUAAUAGAGUAGAUUACUUUUUUUUAAAAAGUCUAAACUGCAUUACGAAUCAAAAAUA